CGCCGCCGUCCCGCCAGCCAUGAGCUCCACGCAGUUCAACAAGGGGCCCGCGUACGGGCUUUCGGCCGAGGUCAGGAACCGGCUCCUGUCCAAAUAUGACCCUCAGAAGGAGGCUGAGCUCCGCAGCUGGAUAGAGGGACUCACAGGCCUCUCCAUUGGGCCCGACUUCCAGAAGGGUCUGAAGGACGGGGUUAUCUUAUGCACACUCAUGAACAAGCUCCAGCCAGGCUCAGUUCCCAAGAUCAACCGCUCCAUGCAGAACUGGCACCAGCUAGAAAACCUCUCCAACUUCAUCAAGGCCAUGGUCAGCUAUGGCAUGAACCCCGUGGACCUGUUUGAGGCCAACGACCUGUUUGAGAGUGGGAACAUGACGCAGGUGCAGGUGUCUCUUCUUGCACUGGCUGGGAAGGCCAAGACAAAGGGGUUACAGAGUGGUGUGGACAUAGGGGUGAAAUAUUCAGAGAAGCAGGAGCGGAACUUCGAUGACGCCACCAUGAAGGCCGGCCAGUGUGUCAUUGGGCUGCAGAUGGGCACCAACAAAUGUGCCAGCCAGUCGGGCAUGACCGCUUACGGCACCAGAAGGCAUCUCUACGACCCCAAGAACCACAUCCUGCCACCCAUGGACCACUCAACCAUCAGCCUCCAGAUGGGCACCAACAAGUGUGCCAGCCAGGUGGGCAUGACAGCUCCCGGGACCCGGCGGCACAUCUAUGACACCAAGCUGGGGACCGACAAGUGUGACAACUCCUCCAUGUCCCUGCAGAUGGGCUACACACAGGGUGCCAACCAGAGCGGCCAGGUCUUUGGCCUGGGCCGGCAGAUAUAUGACCCCAAGUACUGCCCACAAGGCCCAACAGCUGACGGGGCUCCAUCAGGCACGGGCGACAGCCCAGGCCUGGGGGAGGCCUCGGAGUAUCCUCCCUACUACCAGGAGGAGGCAGGCUACUGAGGUGCCCGUGUGUGCCAUCUCCCACAUCAUUGCCCCGUCUCGGUUUUUGGGUUUUUCUGUGUCUUUUUUUUUUUUUUUUUUUUUACAUGUUCAGUGCUGCCAGCCGAGGGUCUGUGGGUGGCUGGGUGGGAUCAGGCAUCUGGGCAUGUUUUUCCCUAUCCUGCCUUGGUUCCUUCACAGGACUGAGCCACCAGGCUGGGGGCAGGGGUGAAAGCUAUCUCCAGAUGCGUGUGGGUGGGGGUCCCCACCAGGGCACAUCCAGGCAGCAAGUUUCUCAGCAGGCUGUGGGCCGAGCCGUGGGGAGCGGGGGAGAGACCUGGGCUGGGAGGGGAAUGGGCCCCAAAUGGUUUCCGGUUUCUGUCCUUUCUCUUCCCUUUUGUUUGCCGAUCAGUUUGUGGUUUCUGUACACACGGAAGUUUUGGGCAGUUUUAACAAGUUUCAGGGGAGUGGGGUGGGGAUGGUGUAGGGUCCCCUGGGAUAGGGCCUGACCACAGUCCUAAAAUAUUGUAGGUGUCUGUGAGGAGCUGGAUUUCCCUAGGACCCUCAGACCACCAACAGUGACCCCUCCCAGGGGUCCAGUGGGGAAACUGAGGCCCAGACAGGACAGUGGAGUUCUGAGUAGUUGAGGCAAAGCCAGACCUGGCUCCCCAUACUCGCCCCCACCCCAUGACAUCCCCCUUCCUCGCCCUCCAUAGGUUUAACAGAGCCCCCAACUCUUCCCCUUCUGGGCCUGACCAGCCGGCCCACGCUUUUCCAGCUGCCCCACUCCCCUGCGCAGUACUGCACAGGGACCCCCACCCAGGGAUCCCUGGAUUAUGAGAUAAUGUGAAAUACCGACUGUGGACCAAAAGCAAUA